AUGUCUCCAGCCGUCAAAGAAAAGACCCUCUCCAACCAUCACCGAUCCUUCAAAGGAUGCUGGACCUGUAAGAAAAGGAGAAUUCAAUGCGACGAAGUACACCCAACAUGCCGAAAGUGCCGUUCUCGAGGCAUCACUUGCGAGGGCUAUGAAAUUCGACUACGGUGGGGUGCUGGCAUUGCCUCCAGAGGCAAGUACUCUGGCGCUGAGAAGCCCGUGAAAGAAUCCAUACCACCACGAUCGAAGCGAAGAUGGGAUCUGCGAGGCCAAGGACAAGGCUCUCCUUUAGUAGUUCAUGAGAUGCAGCCUAUCAUAGCUUCCCAGCUUUCAUUGGCAGGUAUCCGACUAGGCUUCUUUCCUGUUCCAGGCUCACAUACAAAUCUAGAUCUAAAGCAGCCACAAUUGCGUUCCGAGCGGGUGACGGUCAAUAUAUUAAACUCACCAUGGGAACCGGGGAUUUCAACGCAGAACCCCACUCUUAACAAGCAUUUUGAGAUACCUGUAUCCCUCAAUGCCACGGCGGGAACGGGGUCGAAUGCACAUGUGGUUGAUCGUCAGGGCCUAGAUACACCGGGUCAGGGUGACUGGAAAUCGGGCGGACGAGGUAUAUUGGUCUGA